CAACGGAGUAUUUCUAUCGAUACAGCGGUGAUCUCUGGUCUCGACACGUGGCAAGACCAGGACGACAACUUUAACUCACCACGUUUCGGCAUCUGAUUGGGAGUUAGAAGGCAAGAGCACGAGGCGAAUUGAACCGAACCGUGGGGCGUGGACCUGGUCUUGCUACUGUAUCACCAUGCAUCGGAUGAUUUGCAGAAGCACAAGGAGGAGUUUCCGUUUUGUUUUCUCCAGGAAAAUCGUUUCGUAGUGUGGCUUCUGAAACCCUAGUUUUCCUUUUUGAAUUCGGAACUUUGUCAAAUAUCCCGGGAAAAUCAGGUCGGUGCGAUCUGAUAGUAUGAUAAUGUACUGAUUUUGGUGGUGGAGAACCAUGGCCAAGUUAUCCUUGUUGAAAUUAGAUGUCAGCCAUUCUUUGAGAAAACCUUUUGGUUAAGUGGUGUCUGUUGCCAUUUAAUAGUUAUGAGAAGUGCAUUACUCAGUGCCGAGGGUACAACUUUCCCAGCAUUACUCAGUGCAUUUCUUGCCACACAAUGGCAACAGAGGUGAUAGUAAGUGCAUCGCUUGUUCCAGCUUCAGAAUUACUUUCUCGGACCAUCUUUACCAUAUCUGAGACUCUGCAAGCAGCCAAGGCUGUCCUUAUUCAGAAUGAAAAUUUCAAGAAAUUCUCUAUUUACUUGGAGAAGAUCUCAUUCAUCCUGAAGGCGUUGAAUAUCAGCUCUUCUGAGAGCCUGAACAAUGCCAUUGAGGUUCUUAACCAUGAGAUUAGAUCUGCUAAGCAGUUGAUUGUUGAUUGCAGCAAAAGAAAUAAAGUCUACCUUUUAAUCAAUUGCCGGGGAAUCAGUAAGCGUCUAGAGAGCAGUACAAGAGAGAUCAGUCGGGCAUUAGGCCUCAUCCCUUUAGCCUCUUUGGAUGUUUCGCAGGGUAUAAGUGACGAGAUUAGCAAACUAUGCAACAGUAUGCUGGAUGCCAAGUAUCAGGCAGCUGUAAAAGAGGAAGAAAUCCUAGAAAAGAUUGAGUUGGGAAUACAAGAGAGAAAUGUUGGUGGAUCCUAUGUGAAUAAUUUGCUCAUCCUCAUUGCCGAGGUCAUUGGGGUCUCAACUGAACCAUCAGUGUUAAAGAAGGAAUUUGAAGACCUCAAGAGUGAAGUAGAAGAUGCCAAGCUGAGAACAGAUAUGGAAGAAGCUUUACAAAUGGAUCAGAUUAUUGCAUUGCUUGGAAAGGCCGAUGCCACUUCAUCUCCUAGGGCAAAAGUUGUAAACUAUCUUAAUAGAAGGAAUUCUUUGGGUAGGCAACCAUUUGAACCUCUCCAAUCAUUUUAUUGUCCGCUCAAUCAUGAAGUUAUGGUAAAUCCUGUGGAAACUUCCUCUGGACAGACAUUUGAGAGAAGUGCAAUAGAGAAGUGGUAUGCAGAUGGCAAUCAGCUUUGUCCUGUAACAGGGACUCUCCUGGACAUGUCAACUUUACGGCCCAACAAAAAUCUUCGCCAAUCAAUUGAAGAAUGGAUGGAUAGGAACACCAUAAUUACAAUUGCCUCCAUGAAAUCCACGCUUCAGUCCAGCAGGGAUGAAGAUCUGAUUCACUCCCUAGGCAAGCUGCAGGAUAUCUGCAUUGCAAGAGAAUUGCACCGGGAAUGGGUAAUAAUGGAAGACUAUGUUCCAAUUCUUAUUGAACGUCUUGGUGAGAAAAAUCAUGAAAUAAGAAAGCAUGUUUUAGUUAUCCUUUAUAUCCUUGCAAAGGAUAGCGAUGACAAUAAGGAAAGAAUUGCUAAUGCGGAUGCAGCACUUGAAUCAAUAGUUCGAUCGCUUGCACGGCAUAAUGAGGAAAUUAAAUUAGCAUUGCAAUUGCUAUUGGAACUAUCAAGGAAUAAUGUAGCACGAGACUUCAUUGGGAGAGUUCAGGGUUGCAUACUUCUUCUUGUGACUUCAUCUAGCAAUGAUGAUAGUCAAGUUGCCAAAGAUGCAUUUGAACUUUUGGAGAAUCUCUCUCUCCUUGAUCAGAAUGUUAUACAGAUGGCAAGGGCAAACUAUUUUAGACCUCUGUUGCAUCUUCUUACUUCAGGACCUGAGAAUGUUAAAAUGAUUAUGGCUGAAACUUUGUCUGAAAUUGAGUUGACUGAUCACAAUAAAUUGUCCCUAUUUAAAGAUGGGGCAUUGGGGCCGCUUCUAGAAUUGCUCUCACAUGGUGAUAUUGAGAUUAAGACAGUAGCUGUUAAAGCUCUUCAGAAUCUCUCAAGUAUACCACAAAAUGCCCUGCAGAUGAUUAGAGAAGGUGCCUCAGGUCCAUUGUUCGAAGUUCUUUACCGUCACAGCUUGUCUCUGCCAACCUUGCGUGAACAAGUGGCUGCAACAAUUAUGCACCUUGCUACAUCAACCACUGUCCAGGAGGCUGAUCAGUUGCAGGUUUCAUUGUUGGAAUCUGAGGAAGAUAUCUUCAAAUUCUUUUCUCUUAUUUCCUUGACAGGACCUGAUGUGCAACGGAGCAUUCUCCAGUCUUUCCAUGCAAUGUGCCAGUCUCCUUUUGGUUUAGAUAUUAGGACUAAGUUAAGACAGCUCUCUGCUGUUCAAGUGUUGGUUCAACUAUGUGAGCUUGACAACCAUAGUGUGCGGGAGAAUGCCAUUAAGCUAUUCUAUUGCUUGACUGAAGAUGGUGACAGUAGCCUCUUUCUAGAGCAUGUAAGUCAGAAAUGCAUUCAGACAUUGGUCAAAAUCAUCAAAACCUCCAACAAUGUGGAAGAGAUUGCUGCUGCAAUGGGUAUCAUCUGCAACCUCCCUGAGGACACCCAGAUGUCAGAUUGGCUUCUACAGGCUGGUGCUCUGGAAAUCAUCAUUGCUCAUCUCAUCAAUAGGAACAAUAACUCCUAUGAAAAGCAGGUAAUUGAGAAUGCUGUUGGAGCUCUCUGCCGUUUCACUGUUUCAACAAAUCAGGCAUGCCAGAAAAGGGUAGCUGAAGCUGACAUUAUACCUGUGCUGGUACAGUUCCUAAUACAUGGGACUGCUUUAACAAAACAAAAUGCAGCCAUUUCGCUUAAGCAAUUUUCUGAAAGUUCUGUUUGUUUGAGCAAACCAAUAAAGAAAAGUGGGUUUUCUUACUUCUGCAUGGCAACACCUGAAACUGGCUGCCCUGUGCACUUGGGCAUUUGUACAGUGAAGUCCUCAUUCUGCCUUCUGGAGGCAAAUGCUAUACAACCACUUGUCAAGAUGCUCAGGGAUACAGAUCUCCGUAGCUGUGAAGCUUCUUUAGAUACACUUACCACAUUGAUUGAUGGAGAAAGGCUGCAGAAUGGUACUAAGUUGCUUGCCAAAGCAGAUGCAAUCACUCCAAUUAUAAGAUUAUUGAGCUCGCCUAAUCCCAGGUUGCAGGAGAAAGCUCUAUUAGCUUUGGAAAGAAUCUUUCGUUUGGUUGAGUUCAAACAAAGCCACGGAAAUUUAGCCCAACUGCCACUAGUUGAAAUUGCUCAAAAAGGGAGUAGCCAUAUGAAAUCUCUCGCUGGCAAAGUGCUUUCUCAUUUGAAUGUGCUUCAUGAACAGUCUUCUUAUUUUUGAUCCACGCUGCCUGAUGAGAUUUUACAUGUCAUAUAUAUAACAUAUGUCUCUGUGUAAAUGAAGCAUUGUAGUGUUCAUAUUUCAUGAUUAUAUAUAUUGUUUUCAGUGGGAUUAGGAUCUAAAAAACUAUGGAACAUGUAUAUUGUAUUCAAAGGGUUUUGUAAUAGUGCUAAAUUGAAGCCAGAUUACUCUACUGUACUUGUAAAAAAUAAGAUUGAAUUUGUUAUUGAGAUUAA